CUGCAAUCCUUCCGAAAUCACCGACAGUCGCGGCAGCAUGGUCCCAGCCUACCAUCGCUUUACACACAACAUGAUCGUGAAGAUCCGUAUGGAUUGACGAUAGAUAUCGUCGCGAAAACAGGUAUUGUAGACGGGAGAGGAGACGCUAAACGCGGUGCGCCACCACGACAUCCUUGAACAUGACGUAGAGCCAGCCGCAUUUCACUAUUACCAGCUGUGAACACUCGAAGGAAUAACAACAGAUCAUGCAAACGCAACAAGUGCAACGAAACUCGACACCAAAAGCCGCGAAGAGCGACAGCAAAAUGGGAGACAAAAAACAACAGCCCAUCCCAGACAAAGAGAUAAAACAAAAUGCCGGAGUUUCAGCCACUAUGGCACUGCAGGCGGCGCAGAAAGCGUGGGAAUACCGGCAAGCUGCUAACGCAGCAGGUGAUCCAGAUGCUCGAGAAGAGAUCCUCGCAAAAGCCAUCAAUAAAGAGAUCGAAGCCGAGUCCUUUGGCAAGGCAGCAAAAUAUACACAAUCUGGUGCAUUCCAAGGGCUCGCUGCUGGCGCUGGCCUCGGUGUACAGCCUGGGGUUACGCUUGGAAAGAUCACCGGCGCUAUUGUAGGAGGGACAGUCGCUACUGUCACAGGUCUGCUUGGUGGUGGAAUCGGCUCAGUGUAUGGUGCCAUGCAUGGCCCAAUGUGGGAUCUUGGACAGAUGGCCAGUCAUGGCGUGCGAGGUGUUAUUGGAGACUUUCCAAACUGGAAGUCUACACCGGCACAAAAAAGGGCACUAGAGAAGAUGGUCAUGCAGUCGAAAGAGACGCAAGCCCCAAAUGAAGAAGAGCUGGAGCAGAUGAAGAAUGAGAUGCCCGAUGACAUGCCACAAUCAUGGUCGCAAUCAGUGUCGGACAUGACGAGUUGGAGACCCUCGAUGCCGUCGAUGCCCAACAUGCCAAACAUGCCAUCGAUGUCACAGGCCGGUACUGCAGUGGGCUUGGGUGGAUUGGGCGCUUCGCUCGGGCUAGGAGGCAAAGACAAGGGUCAAGAGCAACAAGCCCAGCCGACUGCGAGACAAGCAUCUCAGCAGAAUGGGCACGCUGUCCGUCAAGCGUCGAAACAAAACGAGGCCUCUGCACCCAAGCAAGCAUCCACACCCAAGCAGGCCCCAACGCCCAAGGAAGCACCGCAGGUGGAGUCUCAAUCCAAAAGACCUUCAGACUCGCCGAAAGACUCAAAACCUCAGCCCCGCAAAUCGCAGCGCACGUCUGCGCCACAGCAACAAGCUGAAUCGAAUGCGCAUACGGAGUCCAAGCCUCCGACGCAGGCAUCCCAGCCAAAGGCGCAGUCUUUCAGACCCAAGGAGCCGGCUGCAAAGAAGGAAGCAGAGUCAAAGAAAUCCCCACCGAAGCUAGCCUCCAAGUCUCAGACGGCCAACAAGCCUGCAGCACCUACCCAACCGAAGCCUGCAGCCUCAACUGCAAACACGGAGAACAAAACGUCUGCUUCGACGAACGGACAGCGGAGGAAGCCGAGGAAGCUAACGCCGAAAUCCGCCAAUGCGGAUUCGAGUUCAGGAUCGACCACCAAGCGGGCCCCGCGAAAGCUUGAGUCGCGCAAAGCAGCCGCAGCAGCCUAGAGCGCCUUGCGCAACGCGAACUGACGAACGGAAACUCGGGAUCUUGGCCCAGGAAUUACAGCAUGCGGGUGCGGUCUUCAGGAAGUUGUUGCAUACAGUUCAGGAACGGCGUUCCGGAGUGUUUGGUUUCUCAUUCUUAGCGAGCAGGCAGUCUCAUUCUGAACCCUUUGUUGUCGCCACUCCGCCAUCGUAGCUUGAUAUGAUACCCAGCAUCGUCCAAUCUCAUAUGGUACGUAUGCGCUUA